AUGCAGAAAGUACUCCAGACAGGUUUAAGUGCGGGCAUGUCGGCAACGGAGGGAUUGCACUCGAGCAAACCUAACCCGGUCGACCCAUCGUUCAAUGGCCUCGAGUCUCUUCUCCCUGAAGGCUUCAUACCCAAAAAGACUACCCAGGUGAUUCUUCGGUGCAAGGAGGGAGAAAUCAGGGCACCAUGCAUGAACAUUGGAGGUUGGAGCUGGGGAGAUACUGCAACCUGGCAUUGGAAACCAGAAGAGCUGCCGGGUUUGAAAGAGGCCUGGAAAAUGCUCUACGAGAGUGGAAUCAACUGGAUUGACACGGCCCAAGCUUAUGGAAGCGGUGAAAGUGAACGAAUCUGUGGAGACCUCGUUGAAGGCUUGCCACGGGACAGUUUUGUUAUGCAGACGAAAUGGUACGUGGUACCAAACGUCGAGAACAUCCUCUCACCAACACACGCUCCUACAAAGAUGCUGAAGGAUUCUCUUGAGCGCAUGCGGCUUGAUUUUGUGGACGUCUAUCUUGUCCAUGGCCACAUCCACGCAUCAUCGCUUUCCCAAGUUGCCAAAGGAUUGGCUGAGUGCGUUGAACUGGGCCUCACGAGGGCGGUCGGCGUUGCCAAUUACGAUGAAGAUGACAUGAUCAAGUUGGCAGAUGAGCUAUCGAAGUACGGGAUUCCACUUGCAACAAAUCAAUGCGAGUUUAGCGUGUUGCGUCGCCACCCUGAAGUACAUGGCCUCAUCAAAGCUUGUAGGGAACGUGGCAUAGUGUUUCAAUCGUACUCUUCGGUGGCCCAGGGCCGACUUACAGACAAAUAUACCGUUGAGAACCCACCACCAAGCUCCCACCGAUUUAGUAGUUACGAUAUGAAGGAUAUCGAGGGCACAAAACAGGUACUGAGUUCUAUUGCGCAGGAGCAUGGGGUCAGUACUGCUGCAGUUGCGUUGAACUACAAUAUCAUUAAAGGUGCUGUGCCCACCGUAGGAGUAAGGAACGUCAAACAAGUACAAGAGAAUUUGAGAGCAUUUGAAUGGAGACUCAGCAAUGAUGAGAUCAAAACGAUAGACAGCGUCAGUCUCGAGGGAAAGAAGACAGCACUGUGGCAACAGGGUUAA